AUGGCUUCGUCCGUGAUCCUUCGUUCAACGUUGCCCAGAACCUUUACUUCUGCCACUGGACGUAAUUCCCUACGAUUCGCGUUGCAAGUGAGAGCGGCAAGCUCGACUACGCAGUAUGUGCCAGGCGGACCUAUCUUGAAGGGCACGGUCAACGACCCUACGGAGUUCCCCCCUCCAUCAAGAACGCAUGGCUCGUAUCACUGGGCAUUCGAGCGCCUUCUUGCUGCCUCCCUCGUACCCAUGACCGCAGCCGCCUUUGUAACCUCUGGGUCAUCCUACCCCGUCUUCGACGGAUUGCUCGGUCUUAGCUUGGUGAUGCACUCUCAUAUUGGGUUUGACUCGAUGGUUGUGGACUAUGUGCACAAACGCAAAUUCCCUGUCCUUGGCCCUAUCCUGACCUGGACACUGAGAUCGGCCACGGUCGGUGUGCUCGUUGGCGUCUAUCAGUUCAACACGAAUGACAUUGGCUUGACGGAGUUGAUUGCGAAGGUCUGGACAGCAUAA